CGAAAUUAUUGACUUAUAUACGCGAACGGCGCGCGCGCCGGCCAUACGGUCAGUGAACGUGCGUACAGCGUGUUUGUUAAAAAAAGAUGUGUAAUAUGUGUACCCGUGACGUGAUAGAAUCGGCCCCGGCACCUGUGGCGCCGGCGCACGUACCCUCGCGUACUUUAGACAGAAUGAAGAAGAAGCACAAUAUUGUGACUGAUCCCCACUGUUCGGAGAAACAGAAGGAGGUGGAGUACCAGCCAGACCUCCUGGCUGUGUCCACCAAGUACACCAAGAUCUGCUACGACCACUUCAAGCAGGCCCUCGUUCGAGUGCAGGAGACGAAAGCAUACGUUAUCGCCACUAAAACGACGCAGCCUUUCCACGUGGCCCUUGCCGUGGUGGUCCUUCUAGCAUGGCUCAGCCGACCGGGCAAUGGUUCCAUGAGCACCAUCCGCGGCUGGAGAGCACUCUACGUAGCAUCAGUCGCGACACACUUCGGAGCACAAGUCUGGAUGACCCUGGUCUCGGGUAUAGUCCUUUACUUCAACCUGCCGCGACACGAGUUUGGUCGAGUGCAAACAGUUCUGUUCCCCGUGUACUACGCCUUCAACGCGGUCAUCAGCCUGUUGGCACUGAUCGCCUACUACAGGACGCAGUGCCUCACGCAUUUUGAACACACUUCUUGGGUACAGCUAGCACUUCUGCUAGCAGUAUUCAGUAUUGAAUCCUUCGUGCGCCUACAGCUGGUCCGACCCAUGCUGCGCGCCAAGCAUGUCAAAACACAGAUGGAGGAAGCAGCCGGUGGCGGACAAGAGGUCGGUCGCCUAAUCCUAGGUGAACUCGCACACUGUCCCCGCUACCUUCGUGUCCUGAAGACCUUCAGGGCCUACCACUCAAGUAUAGCCAUGGGCACCAUGAUCGCCCUCGGCUGCUCAUUAUACUCCACCAUGAUCAUAGUCGACUCCAUGUGCCGUUAAUCGACUAAACAACAAACGAAUGGAGAAGAAAACAAUCAAACAGUCCCGUUGGCAUGCUGUGUAAAUUUUAAAUUAUUUAAGGGAUUUGAAUUUCACGAGUUGUUUACCAUAUUAAUCGUCGGCUACCGAUUUUGUUUGAAUUUAUUUAACAAGUAGGAAAUGUUAUUGUUACUAAUCGAUUUGUAUUCAGACUAGAUUAAGUAUUUUCUGUUUGAAUGGAAGGAUAUCUUUUGUAAGUAAAAUACAAAUGCAAUAGAUCACGAGUCUUAGUGUUUAGUGGAUAUUGUUAAUCUAAAUCAAAGUUUACAUAGCAUGGUACCACCGAUAACAAUGUAAGGAUCGUUUCACAAAUGCAUUACUGUCCUAGUUCCAAUUCAGGCUGUGAAGUCUGGCUUCACUGUGUACGCUUCUAUAAUCAAAGUAUUAUGCUGUAGGGAGUGACUCGAGGGGGAUGUUGGAGUGUCAGGCGCUGGUCGCACGAAUUGUUUCCCAGAGAAACGUUGUGAGAGAAUCGUUCCAAAUUAUAUAAUUAGUGUAAGUCUCUGAAGCAGGCGCGACUAUACGCGCGUUUAUAGUAUUAAGAUAUUAAGACGAGCCUUUUCCGAGUUAUUUGAGGAGCAAAUAAACGGUUGUAAGGAAAUAGGCUUGAUAUUAUGAUAUCGAAUUUAUAGAAAAUUAAUUUAUAACUUGCCAGGAACUAACAGUAUGGAUAGCACUAUCUACAAAUUAAUCUUGCCAAUCGUUAGCAGUGCCGCUCCAUCGGUUAGACGUGUGAGGCAGCGAGCCCACUAAGCUGCUUGAUAUUAUGAAACUCAUGUUGUAUGCUCUCUAAUUUCCUGCAAUACUGCCAUAGUAUAGCGCUAAGUGUAGUGAUAAGUAGUAUAGACUCUCGCCAACGCAUUUUGCGGCACGGAAUCGUGGAAAUGCUCCUUCAACGCAGGAAGUUACGAGCACGCAACCUUUACGACGUUUUUGGUGUCAAAUCAAAAUCGGUUGUAGCAGAGCGCUACGAGCGUUCGAAGAAAUGUUUGAUGUGUCUUCAGAACUUGCCAGUAGCGACGAUGUUCCCGAUGUUUUAUCGUUGUGACUCGAUUGUCUAGUCAGCAACUUACGCGCGAUCAUAAAAUGCCCAUUUUAUUGUAUCGCGCAUUGAUUAAACCUGGGCUUAAUAGUAUUGCAUUUAAUCAAGUCAAUAUCCAUUGAACAUGAUUAAAUGAUUACUUUUAACCGUCAAGCAGCUUAUGCCUUAUUGGCAGAGG